UGAUUCUUGAACGAACGAAACCAUCAGCAAUAUAGACGUCUGAUGUCCUUCUACGAGCAGAGUUUACGAUCAUGAUCUUCGGCCGAGGCCACGUGCAGUAAAUGAAUGUCUAAAUUGGGGGCCGCCUCCCCCUAAUUAUCGGCCGGCGCGUAUUGACUUUAGCUCGAGCGCGUAUACAGAACGGAACGUCUUGGACUAUUGUCAACGCCAAUCGAAGGCACAGUCACUCUUUACCUUUCCAUUCUUGACAUCACCUCGAACAGAGCUCUCAUCCAUACUCAGGCUAUACCAGUCUAUUCUAACCACACAUUGCAAUAAUGGUUUCCACUCUUCUUCUGAGCAGCCUAAUCGGCACUGCUUUGGCGCAGUCCACUUCCGUCACCUCGUUCUUCUUCGCCGCCGGAGAUGUGCAAUCCCUUGUCGCAUCAGUGGUAUCGGCAGAUGCCACCGCCACGACCUUCGAGAUGACAUGUCCGUCCGACGUCGACGGCAGCGACUGCGGCUUCCGCCCUCCCGUCCACGUCGUGAACCAGAACCAGAACACCUGGAUCACCAGCCUCGCAACCGCCGAGCCAGACUUCACCUAUGCGGCUACCUGUACCGUUAGCGAGACGCUUGCGGUCUGCGCCGAGAGCGCCGCAGGCUCGGAGGCAAACUUUCCCGGCAGCUCGACCGAAACAUAUACGCUCUCGGAGACUGAUGAAUACGGGUACAUCUCUGUACCUGUGACGAUCACUGCUGGCUUGGAGAAGCUGGCCGAUGCGACACAGGCGGGUGCGCCUACCGGUACGAUGGCGACGGCGACUUCUGAGAGUGGUGCUAUGGGUACUCCUGCGUCAAGGACUGGCACCGGCAGUGUUCCAACGGAAACGGGUGCAGGUGUACAGACCCGUGCGGGUCUGGUCAGUGGCAUGCUCGUCGCUUUGACUGUUGCUAUGACUUUGGCUUGAAAUCUCUAUGCGACCAGCUACAUCCAGGACCACUAUAGCAUGCCCUGACCCUUCAAGCUUCCUUGAAGUUAAGAUUUACGACCAAUGUUCUCUGUAUCCACAGGAAGAUUCAGGUUCGCAGAGAUAGGGACGCAUGCUUUGUAAUCUCACUUGCUAAAUAUCUAAUCAGUUAUACGUAGUAAAAGAGCUUUACGUUUUACAAGGAAAGUCUCUACUACUAUAGCAUCAUCACAUCAUAUCUGGAUCUUCACAGGAGUGCCGUCAUUCUCCCCACUUCGAAACAUUGCCUCUAGCUUCACGAUUGUCAGCUUCAAGAA